AUGAAAGUCAAAGAGUUGGAGAAGUUUGCUCAUUCGGCCUGGUCACCUCUUUCAUGCAAUCGUACUUAUUUGGCAACUGUCACCGCAGAAAAUGAUCGCGAGGCAACUGACUCAAAUAUAAAUACUAGCAUGACUUCUCCAACAUUAGAUAUUUAUGAAUUCAAUGUUAAAGAAAAUAAUCUGUCUAUGCAAAUGAAUAUUAGUUUACAAAUUAAACAAAAAGCCACAAGUUUAUUAUGGACAGCACCUAUUAAUAAUGAUCAUUUAGACAUUGGUUUGCUUAUAAUUGGUUCAAUGUCAGGUAGUUUAUAUCUAUAUGAUAGUCAAAAACUAAUAUCUAUGAGUCAAAAUAGAACAUCUUCACAGAUUACUACUAAUACUAUUCAUAAACCCUAUCAUAUUAAUACCAUCGAUACUAUUAUUGAGAAUAAUGAAAAUGAUAAUUCUAUAAUGUCAUCUUGUCAACAAUUAUCAUCUAUUUAUAUUACUGAAAAUAAUAUGUCAAAUUAUCUGUAUACAUCACGUGAAAAUAUUCAUAAUAAUGUUGUAAGAAGUUUGGAUUUCAAUCGAUUUCAAACAAAUCUUUUUGCUUCAGCAUCAAACGAUGAAGAAAUAUUUAUUUGGGAUGUUGGAAAAAUGGAACAUCCAAUGUCCCCUGGUUCAAAAAUACAACCUUUAGAAAAUGUAAAUCAAGUUGCAUGGAAUCCGCGUGUUCAACACAUAUUAUGCUCAACUAGCAUUGGUCGUUGUGUUAUAUGGGAUUUACGUAAAAGUGGACCAGUUUUACAACUUACUAAAACAAUGUGUCAAUUAGAACCACAAAUGAUGGCAUGGAGUCCAGAUGUUGCAACUCGUUUGUGUAUAGCUGAUCCAAAUAAUCCAAAUGCUAAUGUUCAAUUAUGGGAUCUUCGUUAUCCAAAACAUAUGCUUUGUUUAUUAAGUCAUUGGCCACCAUUAUUAUCAUCUAAUUUGAAAACAACUAACUUAUUAAAUAAUUAUGCAUUAGGGAAUGCAGGUACAGUAAAUUCAUUAUGUUGGGGUAUACCAGAAUGUCAAAAAUCAAUGAAUAAAUCAAAUUUCUAUGAUAAAGAUAUGAUUGUUAUGACAAUUGGUGCUUCUGGUGCAUUACCAACAUUAAACGCAAUACCGGAACCAAUAUUUAUUGGUCGUUUAGAAGGUUUAGAUGAUCAAGAAUUAGUUAGUCCAUUAUUAUGUUUUAAUACAUUACCAACAAAUGCUUCUGUUCAAUGGAUACCAAAUCAUCCUAAUUUAAUAUGUGUUACACAAUCAGAUGGUUGGAUAACAGUAUAUAAUUUAUUAAGUGGUAUAAAUAAACAAAUUGAACAAAUAAACAUUGAACGAUAUAAUAAACAAUGUAUAUUAGCGAGAAAUUCAUUAAAUUUACGUAAUUCACAUAAAGUAGCUGAAGUAUUUCAUAAUGAACAAUUAUUAAUGGAUUAUAAUAAUACUGAUAAUACUAUUAUUCCUACUACUAUGAAUAAUAAUAAUAAUCUUCAAUCAGAUUCAUUAUAUCCUGUAUUUAUGAAUGAUCCGAAUGUGAAUAGUAUUGAUAAAGAACAAAUCAAUUCAGGAUCAGAUCAGUUAUUAUUAGAUAAUCAUAAUUCUAUGGAUUCAGUAAAUCUUUCAUUACCUCAACCUAUGCCAUUAUUACGUGUUGCACCAAGUUGGUUGAAGAGACCCUGUGGUGUCCAUUUUGCUUUUGGUGGAAGACUUGUCACUUUUUCAUCUUUAACAAAUCUUCAAUCAAAACGUACUCGUACAAAUAGUUCAAUGAGUAGUUCAAAACGAACUGAUCCAAAUAGCCGAUCAUCAGAUAUAGGAAGUAUUGAACAAAAUUCAACAGUAGGAACAGUACCUGAUCAAAAUCAUUUAAAUUCUACAGAAUUUCAAUCAUAUUAUGUUUUUAUUAAAUGCAUUGAUGUAUUUCAACUGGAACCAUCAUCAUCGCCAACAGUACAACUACAUUCUUCUGUUAAUAGCAAUACUAAUGGAUCAGAUGAUCAGUGGAAGAAUUCUAUACAAGAUAUAAUCGAAUGUUUGAUUAGUGUACUUGAUUGUCCCAAUGAUUAUUUAAGUACAGUUUGUGAAAAUGCUAAAGCUUUAUUCAAACCGAUGCUUAGUAAUAAUAUUAAUAAUAAUCCGUCGCUAACAAAUGGUCAAGAUCAUUUGGAUUUAUGGAAUGUAAUUCAAGCUCGUUUAGAUAAAUCAACUUCAGUAAAAUCAUCAUUGUCCAAUUUGUUAGGCUACAGUAAACAGGAUUUUCAAGGUUUCAAUGAGUCUACACCUUCUCAAUUGUUGGAUGCGUUGAAAUAUGCUCUAGUUACUAAUGAUAUUCAAACAAUUAUUCAAUUAUGUUUACAUCCCAAAUUUUCAUCAUUAUCUCUGCCAAAUCUUUCUACAUUAAGUAUUUUCGCUAUUAUGUUAACUGAUUUACAUCGUUCAAAGCAAAUAGAAUUAUAUGAAGAUGUAAAAUUGAAAUUAUAUCAGACUUUAAAUGAAAUCUCAUUAAAUAAUCAUAUCAUUUAUGAUCCAAUUUUAAAUUCUAUCAUAAUGUUAUUUAAUUGUGUACUAUUACGUACAAAUUGGUUAAAUAUUAUUGAAAAUUGGCCAUUAUCAGAUUGGAAAACUAUAUUAACAGCAUUGAUUAAUCAUUUAUGGGAUCAAGAUAUUGAAUUAUUGAGAAAGUUAUGCUCGAUUUUCGCUAAACGUCUACUGGAUAAUACAACUAACGAUAAUAAUAAUAUUAAUAUUACUUCAUUUGAGUCUGGAUUAGCUGCAUGUAUCUGUUGUAUUAUUGGUGAUGAUCUUGAUCAUUUAACAGAAUGUUGGUUACGUUUAAAUAAUAUAAAUGAAAAUCAUUUGGAUGAUUUAAUAAAAUGUUUGCCAUUAGCAUUACUACUACUCUUCUUAUUUCGUUUAUCAUCAUCUACUGGAAUUAAUCAUUGUACAAAUAAAUCAAGUCAAUUAUUAAUUCAUCUUACUAUAUGGUUAAUUGAAACUAGAUUUGAUCAUAAUAAUAAUAAUGGAUCAAAUGAACAGAUUAGUUUACUUGCUUUAAAUUUAUUAACAAAAACUUUAUCAAUUGUUGAAUUAUAUUCACAAACAAUGAAUAAUUUAAUUGAUUUAAGACAUCGUAUUUGGUGUAAUCUAAGCAUGGAACAACAACAACAACAACAACAAAAACAACAAAUAUUAUCCAAUGAAUUAUCUCAACAAUUUUUAUGCCCAUAUCCACAUAUACAAUGUCAUUGUGAUCUAUCAAAGGCUAAUUCAUCCACAGAAAUACAAUCAUCUUUAUUUAUUAAAACAACUAAUACUAAUUAUUAUCAACCACAACAGUCAGUAAAUUAUCCAUCUUUAUCUAAUCAAACAAUGCAAUGCACAUAUCAGUCAAAAAUAAAUCAAAAUCAAUUUUAUGAACAAAAUAAUCUUGAUAGUUUCAAUUAUCCAACUUUUUCUUCAUCUUCUACUAAUUGUUUGUCGUUUAAUGAUAGUGUUGUUGGUGUACAGACCAGUAUAUCUGGACAAAAUAAAUCUACAUUCAACUUUUCUCCGCCUAUAUCAUCAUAUAACGCCGAUGUACUGCCAUCACUUACUUCUCCUGUUCCAUCCACAAUGUCAUCAUCCUCCUCCUCAAAUAUUUACUCUCCACUGGGUUUACCACCUGUAAAUUCAAUAAAUCAAUCGAAUCUAUCAUCGGCUAGACAAUUUCCACCUGUUGUCGCACCACCUCUACUAGAUGCCAAUUAUAACAAUAAUAAUAGUAAUAAUAGAAACUAUCCUGUAAUGAACCAUCGUUAUGUACAACCUCCAAAUAAUAAUCUAUUAGGAACAGAUUCAGUUUCUGGAAAUAGUAUAUCGAAUGUGCUAAAGCCGCCAUUGCCUGCAACACUAGCAUCACCAACACAAUCAGCCCAAAUGAGUACAACCUUUGGGCAUAACUUUGGUGGAUCAAUGCCUCCUAGUUUUCAAUCAUUAAACAAUGUGCCUUAUGGUAUGAUAACACCUAUUCCUCAGUUCAACGUCCAACAACAACAGGAACACAUUCAACAACACAUGCCACCGCUACUACCAGCACCGAUGCCGAUACCACCACCACCACAAACACAGCAUCAGUCAUCAGUGAUAUCACCAGGUUGGAAUGAUCCGCCUAUCUUAACAACUGAUAAACCACGUCAGACAACUGUUUCACACAACCCUUAUUAUAAUCCUAUGGAAUUUAUUAGUUCACCUUUGCCUCAACCGAAUAAUUCCGUAUCACCUUCGAAUUUUCCUCAACCAAUGAUGGAACUACACACUACUCCUUCAAAUCCUCCUUUACCACCAGGUUGUCCUGCUACUGGAUUAAAUGUAUAUCAACCUGCGCCACCACCAAUUCAAAAUUCUAUCUCACCUAUAAAUGCUGAUAUAAUUCAUCCUCAGCAGCAACUACAGCAGCCCUUGCCACUGUCAUCGACACAUAUUCAACAGCAAUCAUUAUCAUCAUCAUUCUUGGGACCGCCUGUUCAACAGCCAUCGUAUCCACAAGUACAAGGAGUAUAUCAUCAACAAGAACAGUACCCAAAUUAUUUCCAACCACCGAUUGAACAAAAUUCUCAGUUUUGCACUAUAUCGUCAACACUACCACCUAUGUCAUCAGUUGUUCCACCGAAUUCCUACACCGAACUUAAUCUUUGGCCUGCAGCUCAACCUUUAUCUACUACCGUUAAAUCUGGGAUUACCAGUCAAACUAUUAUUGAAAAUGCCAUGCCAUCGAAUUCUUUCACUUCUUCGAAUGAUGACCAUACUGAUUUACAAUUAUCACAUAAGUUAGAUUCUACAAGUUUAAACUCUGAUCACAAUAAUGUUAAUGAUUAUUCAUUGCCAACAGAAUUUCAGCCCAUAAAAAAAGUGUUAUUUGACUUAAUUGAAAAUUGUCGUAAGGUUGGCGACAAACAAACUCAUCAUAAAUUAAUGAAUGUUGAAUAUUGUUUAAAUCAAUUCUAUAAAAAUAUAUCUACUGGUCAAUUACAAUUAGAUCAGAAUUCUAUGGAAUAUUUACAAUUUUGUAUUUCAUCUAUUCAAUCUAAUGAUUAUGUUAAUGCAUUAAAACAAAUAAAUUUAUUUAUACAAUCUGCUAUAGAAUUAUCAGAUAUUCAAUAUUAUGGACCAGCAUUAAAAAGAUUAAUUCAAAUUGCUAAACAAUUAUCUAUUAAUAUGAAUAAUAUUAAUCAUUGA